UUUCACUUCAGCAUAUUCAACUAACUGUCAAUAAGCCAUUUUUGAUGGAGAUACUGGUAUCGACAAGCUGUUUUUUACUGCUUAAGGAACAAUAAUGGACUAAAGAUGCUUUGUAUGCCAUUAAAAAUGGAAGGAUUUAAUUGCUCUUCAUUCAAAAUGUCUGGCACUUAAAGUUGCACCUUUGGAAUUGUAAGGUUUCUUUAGCCUUGCAAGCUUAAGGAUAUACGCACCAAGAUCGAACCGUGUUGUUACUGAACCCGAAGCAUUUGGAAGUAGGCUAUUUAAAUUAUUCUGAUUGGCAAAAACGGACGUAAAAUUGCUUAAUCAUCUUUUUUUAUAUAUAUGUUUCCAACCAUCGCUUCCUUGUUGACUUUAAUGACGUUAUUUUUGGAGUCGGGCAAGGAAUAAUCAUGUAUCAGACCCAUUUACGUAUAGAUUUCGCAACGCUGGUGCUGCAAACGAGCAUCGGUACCCACAAAGGUCUGAUGUUUAAUUGGUUUUAAGAACAUUACCCUCUUAACGGGAUUAUCCAAUAUUUCGGAGUCGUUUGAUCUUACCCAGACUUUUAUCUGAGUUGCAAACUGUGUUUUAUCUGCUCCACCGAAUGUUGGGUUCUGUUGAUCCCGAAUCUAACUAACUGGAAUCAUACAGUGGAGCGCGGCUACAGCUCAAAAUGGGAAAAAGGAAAGUCAAUUCAUCUUAGACUCCUCUUCUCCACUGCAAUAGGAAUACCGCGGCGAAGGAUGGGCCCUUUCUUUCCAGCGAUCUGUGUUGUCCUUCUCGCUCUGAACGCUGUCACCGUGUCGCCGGCGUCCGUCAGUCCCGAGGAUUAUCCCGCGGACGAGGCCGAGCGGACUGUAAACGACAACAUCAUUUUUGACGACUACCGGGGUAAAGGCUGUGUGGAUGACAGCGGUUUUGUGUACAAACUUGGGGAACGGUUCUUCCCGGGACAUUCAAACUGUCCGUGCGUUUGCACUGAGGACGGACCCGUGUGUGACCAGCCGGAGUGCCCCAAAAUACAUCCCAAGUGCACAAAGGUGGAGCACAAUGGAUGCUGCCCCGAAUGCAAAGAGGUCAAAAACUUUUGCGAAUACCGGGGAAAAACCUACAAAAUCUUGGAAGAAUUCAAGGUGUUUCACCUACAGGGUUCCCCGCCCGCCGAGGAAGGGACCAGUUCACCAGACAUCACUGCCGGCGUGCCCCUGGCCUCAGCACAGCUCCAAUCAAGAACCAGGAGAUAUAGGCCGUCCCCCUGUGAAUGGUGCCGCUGCGAACCAAAUAACGAGGUGCACUGUGUGGUGUCGGACUGCGCCGUCCCCGAGUGUGUCAACCCCGUGUACGAGCCUGAGCAGUGUUGCCCCAUCUGUAAAAAUGGUCCAAAUUGUUUCGCCGGAACGACGAUCAUCCCAGCCGGCAUUGAAGUGAAGGUGGACGACUGCACCAUCUGCCGCUGCUUCAACGGAGACUGGUGGAAGCCUGCGCAGUGCUUGAGGCGGGAGUGUCUCAACGGCCAGACGUUGUCAUAGAAACCCCACCGGGGAUCGGAGAUGGUGACAUGCCGGGUAGCGCCUUCCACGCCAAACCUGAUGCCUAUCUUGGAGGACUGACAGCACAGGAGCACAAUUCCUAGGCAACCUGAGACUGCAUAGCUAAUCGAGACGCUCUUGUUCAAAACAAUCGACAAAUGAAACCCACCCAGGAGCAAGAGGAGCGCCGCCGCCUAUCUAUUUUCUAAUAAUUAUGCUUAUCUGCUGCUUUCCCACAAAGUUUAUAUACUUCAUGAGGACAAACGUAUCCAUUCGAAUCAUUUGGCGCUGUUGAAAUGUUCUGUUGUUUUUCUGUGAGUCAUCUGCUUGCUGUAGCUGUCUGUCGCUCCCACAGGUGUUGUAUAAUUAGACCUAUAAGGUUGAACAGCAGGACACAAUGACCCCAAAGCACACGACUACAUCUAUCUGAGGCGUUCUCUGCUAUGAGGCUGACAGUGAAGGCGGCAUGACACGGCUGUGUUCCCCAACACAAGCCCCGCUUCACUCAGAGAGUGGCUCACAACACCCCUCCCCCAUCCGUCUCGGAGGUCAGGUCUCGAAUGGCUUCCUCAUGGAGGUGUCACAGGCUCGAAUGUCGACUGCUCGAUGUGCCUCAGCUUACGUAGCUAUGGAGCUCAGAUGUGCAUACCCAUCUACCAUACAGAAAGGAAUACGUCUGCCUGCAAAGAUCCUACUUAUUAUCUUAAACUUUACACAGGGGUGGGUGACCAACCAACAAAGUAUGGCACCAAGUGUAUUACAAUUGCCAGAUAUUGCAGGAUUCAAAGAUCUGCAGCCCACAAAAAAACUCAUGGAGAACUACUGUAUCAAUUCACUGAUUGGGCACAAUCCCCUGGCCUAAUUGGCCUUAUUGUUUUCCCUCACGGCUCAUCCCAACAAAAAUAUUCCUUCAGGCAAACAGCUUGAACUUGUUAUCUGAGAAAUUAGCAAGCCAAAAGCAUCCUGCUUUAAUUUCCCUUAAUCAAGAAGGUUUCUGUGAUAAAUCACCCAGCUGGGUUCUCAGUAGGGCUGCCUGUGAGCAUAAUGCUAGGGAACUGCAGGAGAAACUGGCAAAUCUGCAUACUGUAUGUCUCUGUACUUCAAAGCAGCCCUCAUAGAAGCAUGCACACACAUGUAGACACAUACUUACACACACACACACACACACACACAGUCUUUUUCAUCCUCAGCAGGCUCACACACAGCUUGUGGUAAUUCAUUUUCAGCUUAAAAAUGUUGAUCCCCACUGCACCCCAAGAAAGCACUUAAGCCAAUAAGGCACUUGUCAAGACACAAAGCAAUUCUCCUCCCCUUCUCUAUAGAUUAUACAAUAGAUUUUCUGUUUUGCAGAUUCUUCCAUAUGUCUACAUAGCUCUGACUUGGGGUAGGCUAAUGCAUUGCUUAUAGAUUUAGCCAGAUUCAGCUCAAACAAAUGCAAAGAAAACAGACUUCGACAAACCCCACCCAACCUAUGCCUGUGCCCACUUCUGAAAUGAUAAAUACUGGUCAUUAAUUCACAGGCAAAUUUCCACUAAGCCUACAGUAUGCGAUACCUCACUGGUAUUUUUUUUCUAUUCUAAGAGAAUCCAUUUCUUUAACCUUUUAGACUCCAUUCCUGGGCCAUGAUGGAUGAUCUACUUAUCAGCAUCUCAAAGCCCUUGGUAACGAGACAGAAAUGAACACAGGAGUGAACCCCCUUGACUACAGAGAAAAAAGGAUUUCAUGUGCAUUACCCAACUCCUCCCUUCAGGGCCCUUAUGCUGGUUCUACCUACAUAUUCAUAAUCACGUUAGGAAAAUUCCCAGAUUUUGACUGAAUGAAGGGGCGUUUCAUUCCCAGGUUCAUUAUACUUGCUCAGGACAUUUUUAUCAAGAAGGGAGUAAGGAUUAAGUGUUAGUUCAAAAUUAAAUGACAGAUCUCAUCCUUUUUAGCUAGACUACGCCUAUCUACACUCAAUUUCUCCAUGAAAGAUUGUUCUGAACUAAUGGCUGAUAGAUCUGUUGAUCAUCAAUCAUAGAUAUUAAUCAACAUUGUUUUGUUAAGGUUAACAGUUCAUUUGUUUCAUGCCUCUUGUAUUACAUGUUGAAAUAUGUUUGAAAACGGUUCAAUAUAUUUCAGAAAAUCCUGAACAAGAGCGGUGAAAAGGAGAAAGAGAUAGAGAAAGAGAGUGAGGAGGGUGUGUGAGACAGAGAGGCAGAUGGGUAGAGCUGGUGUUGCAGAUCAGAGGCUCUGAGGCAUGGCUCCCAAUGUCACCUUGUCAUGCUGACCUUUAUAUGAACUACCAACCAACAGCUGAGACAAGUGCUAUAUUAAUUCACCCCCUGCUUUCUUCAGACCUGCGUUACCAGGAACUGGUAUAAUGCCCAUUUAGUUGCUAUGUCUACUAGAUGGCAACAGAGCGCAACAUAUGGGAUGGGCAGACAGUCAUCUCAUAGCUGCAUAAACCUGAAUAACUGUAACUGUAAUGUAUGCCUCCAUUUAAAAAAAAAAGAAGCCUUGUAGAUCUAGUCAAGGUUACGACCUAAUGCACUCAGUCUCCAGUUAUUUUCUUUUGUGAUUUCCUCUAAAUGUCUGCUUGCACAUGCACCAACCCCUGCCAUUCUCAACACUGCUUUGUCACAGCCAUCAUGUAGGUGUACCACCUUUCACGAGACACCGACUUACUGUAGCUGGAAGCUAUUAAAGAUUGUUCUUUUUUUAAACAAUACUGUUACAUAGUGUGCCUGAAAACCAACCCAGAGAAAUAUCUACUCUUGAGAGAAACACUGUUAUUAAACAAUCAAUUGUAUUACUCAUGGGUACUAAGGGUCAGUUCUACAACUGCUAUUUACUUCCACUGUUAUCGUUUCAUUUCGACUUUAAAUUUAGAAAUAUAGUAAGACAGUAAA